AUGGGCUCCUCAUUGAAGAAGCAGGGAGAGAGGGGGGAGACGGCUCCAGGCCCUGCUGCAGAGACAACAGUACAGGGGGAUCUUGAUGGGGGCUAUGCCUGGAUCAUCCUGCUUUCUGCCUUCACAAUGUGUGGCCUCACUUUUGGGGUGAUCAAGUCUUUUGGCGUGUUCUAUGUGGAGAUCCACCGGUACUUUGAUACCACAGCCACCACAGUAUCCUGGAUCACGUCCAUCACCCUUGCUACAAUUCAUGUUUCUGGUCCGUUAUCCUCUGCGUUGAGUGCUCGUUUUGGCCAUCGCUCCAUCGUCAUGAUCGGCGGACUCCUCUGCAGCAUUGGAGUGAUAUCUGGGUCAUUUGCCAGAAACCUUUUGGAACUCUACUUGACUACGGGCUUCCUCAAUGGUUUGGGUUACUCUUUAGCUUGGACCCCCACAGUGACCAUGGUGGGCCUGUACUUUGACCGUAAGCGCCCUAUGGCCAAUGCUCUGUCCAGCUCCGGAGAAUGCGUUCUCAUGUUUGUCAUCUCGCCCUUGACCCAGUGGCUGAUUGAUAGCUACACUUGGAGGGGUGCUAUGUUAAUUGUGGGCGCUCUGCAGCUCAACCUGUGUAUUUGUGGGGCUCUUCUCCGGCCUUUGGAAAACAGCCAACAAUACAGUCACCCAAAAGAGGUCACAGCUAAUGAAGAAGAAAAAAUGCUACGAAACCAGUCACAAAGCUUGCAUAAAGAGGACAAAAAUACACUAAAAUCCAAAAUUCUUCAUUACCUAGACUUUACUCUUAUUGCUAAUGCAAAAUUCAUGCUAUACGCUAUGUUUGGACUCUUUGCCGCUAUGGGCUUAUUUGCUCCCGCUUUGUUCCUUGUGCCAUACGCCCGCAGUAGAGGCGUGGAAGAGUAUCAGUCGGCUGCACUCAUGUCCAUCUCCUCUGCUCUGGACCUGAUCGGAAGAGUGGGUUUUGGCUGGGUGGCAAACAUGAGGAUCAUAAAAACGUUGUACCAGUUGAUAGCUACAGUCAUUGUCCUCGGUGUAGUCGUCCUCUUGUGCCCUUUGGCCUCAACUUUCAGUGAACUGGUCAUCUUCAGCGCUGCUUUUGGCUUGGUGUAUGGAGCGACGUUGACCGUACACAUCACUGUACUGGCAGAAGUGGUUGGAGUGCAUCGGCUGGGCAGCGCUCUGGGCUUCGCCAUGCUCAUUCGCAGCUGUGGAGGCCUGCUAGGACCACCCAUAGCUGGGUUCUUUAUUGACCACAUGGGAGACUACGGCGCAGGGUUUUUGAUGGCGGGAGCAGCUUUCCUCAUCUCUUCCCUCUUUUUAAUUCUUCUGGCGCUGAUUAACUACAAAGAUCAAGGGUCAGGACUCAAAGCCAAACCAAGUCACAACGUUGAAGAAGAAGAAGCAGAAGUGGCAUAA